AAGAGAGAAAUUCUAGAGAGAGAGAGAGGAGGAUCGAGGAGAUCAAUUUACAAUUUUUUUAAUUUUUUGGAAAGAGAGAGAGAGAGUGAAGAUCUACGAGUGCUGAGAUGGGAAGGAAGCUGGACUUGUUACUGGGGAGGACGUCGCGGCAGACGGCGAAGCUGAAGACGCUGCUGGGGCUGGCGGUCUCCCGCCUCGCCGUCCUCCGCAACCAGCGCCAGGCCCGCUGCGCCGUCGCCCGCGGCGACGUCGCCGAGCUCGUCCGCCUCGGCCGCCUCGAUCACGCCCUCCUCCGUGUAGAGCAAGUGAUCAGAGAGCAAAACAUGCUUGAUGCGUUUGUGAUGAUGGAGAGCUACUGCCACCUCGUCACCGAGAGAGCCGCGCUCUUAAACCACCAAAAGACGUGCCCCGAGGAGCUCCGCGAGGCGGUCGCCAGCCUCAUCUUCGCCGCGUCGCGCUGCGGCGACCUCCCGGAGCUGAACGACGUCCGGCACAUCUUCGUGGCGAAGUUCGGGAAGGACUUCGUGUCGGCCGCCGUCGACCUGCGCAACAAUUGCGGGGUCAAUCCGAAGAUGAUACAGAAGCUAUCUACUAGACAGCCGAGCCUGGAAAGCCGGCAAAGGGUGACGAAGGAAAUCGCCGCGGAGAAAGGGAUCAAAGUUGAAUUUUUCGAUGAGCCCGCCUCCACUGUUUCUGAGGAGGAGCAAACCCCGAAAAAGGGCAAGAAUGAGAUCCGGCCGUCGAUCAUUGAUCGGAAGCUGUCGGAAUUGGAUUUGGACGACAGCCUCUUAGUCGAGGCGGCAAAGAAGUACGCAGACGUCGAGGCCGCGGCGCAGGCCGCGUUCGAAUCAGCCACUUUCGCCGCGGCCGCCGCCAGGGCCGCGGUCGUGCUCUCAAAGUCGGAGUCUCAAGGAAAAGGCUCCGGUGAUUGGAGGAACAAUACGAGCACCAACUAUAGCAAAAAAGACGAGAGUUUUGAGAAGUUGCAAGAAGGGGAGUUAUCACCCAAGGAAAAAGGCCUUUCUCAUAAAGGACUUAGAGAGAAGUUCGUUGCGGAGCAUUUCUCGCGAUCUUCGUCUUCUUCUUCGAGCGGAGAUUCCGUCGAGAUUCAUUAUAAAGAAACAAGCAUGAGCUCGAAGGCGUCGGAAGGACAUAAAGGAAAGGAGAAGUUUGUCUUCAAUACGAGCAACGACAAUGCAGAGAAGAAUCAGAGUUUCAAAUCGACCGAAGGGUUCGAAACCAAGCAACAGGUCUCGUACCUUCGGCCGCCAUAUCGGAGGGGAGACCAAGUGAGAUACAAAGAUCAUGGUCAUUAUGAAAAUAGCUCGAAGGACGAGGAGAUUGGCAAUAAAAUGGACGAGUUGAACAAAGAAUUGAGGAGACAACCGGCCUCAGUUCGAACCCGAAGAGCACUUUAGUGGCGAAUUUUGAUCAGAAAUAGUGUUCAAUAGAAGUUAAUUGGUUCUUCUCUUUUUCGUAUUUGUUAUGCGAUGUAUGUCGAGUGAUGUAUCCUUUGUUUAAAAUUCUGAGGAGCAGGUAAAUAUGCCUUCAAACUAUAAUUUUGUGGGAGAAGGGCUUAACUGAGACUACAGUUUUGAAAUUUUUUGCUUAUAAUUUUGAUUUGCUUAUUAUAUUUUUAUGGACAUAUUAUUUGUAUGCGUUGCGUCUUUGGGAUUGUACAUAAAUUAUUGAAUACAGUAUUUCUAGAGGAAGUAGAUUUCUUUAGCAGCAUUUUGAUGUA